UUGUGGUAUAAAUAGACGGCGAUUUCCUCACAAGGAAACAGAAGCAGCGGUUUAGAGAAGUCUCCGUUCGUGUGAUACAGAACUACACAACUCUACAAUGUCUUCUAUUUUAUUGACGGCUCUGUUGUUUGUAAAUAUCAUGUUCACCUGUGGACUUGACAUUUCAUUGGAAAGAGAAUACUAUAUAGAGGGUAGAGAAUUAUUUUGUGCCAAGUUACAUUGUGUGCAGAACACAAGAGAAGAUAAUGAAAUCUCAGCUCUUGUCAACAUGUCAGUCUAUAGGAUCAGUGAUUUAGAGGGGGAGAUUAUGUUGGCGUCUGUAUCAGAAUCAGAUUCAAGAGUUCGAGAUUAUAAAGUGAAUGGAUCAAAAGCUGAUGGGAAGAGUUCAAAGGUGUUUGGAGAGCUGACUGUGUCUUUUACAAAACCUUCUGAUUGUUUUAGUACAUUGUUUGGAUGUGAUGUGUAUUACACAAAUAAAAGGGGUCACACUGAGAUGAAAGAAAAUAAAACCAAACCUGUUGACCAAGACAAUCGUAAGCCGCUGAUGUUCAUGACCUUAGAGGCUAAAACUCCAGAGUUUGAUAAAACAAUUGAUAGAAUGUCAGAAUUUCUAAAAACAUUUCAUGAUUCUAAUAAGUUUAACAGUGCUGACUUGAAGAUGAAUUUACAGUUUUUAACAAACGGAAAUCUUUCUAAUCAAAUAUAUCAUGGAAAAGAGUUACAUAUAGAACAUAGAGAUGUGAUAUUAGCUAAUGUUACAGAAAUGGUCGAAAAACGACUAAAUAAUACACAUUUUGAUCAAGAUGCUAAAAUAGAGAAAUUAAACAACAAGCUAAACGAUUUGCUUAGGUUAUUAGAUGUAUCAAAUCUUAUCAAAACAGACCAGGAUUUAAUAUUGGCAGUAUCACAGCUUAACAAUACAGACAAGGAUUUAAUGUCUGCUGUAUCAAAGCUAAACAAUACAGACAAGGAUUUAAUGUCUGCUGUAUCAAAGCUAAACAAUUCAGACAAGGAUUUAAUGUCUGCUGUAUCAAAGCUAAACAAUACAGACUCGGAUUUAAUGUCUGCUGUAUCAAAGCUAAACAAUACAGACAAGGAUUUAAUGUCUGCUCUAUCAAAGCUUAACAAUACAGACUCGGAUUUAAUGUCUGCUGUAUCACAGCUUAACAAUACAGACAAGGAUUUUAAAUGGGCUAUGUUUAACUUUAAUAAUACAAACCUCGAGUUAAAAAAGAGUGUGGAAAAUAUUAACAACACAGUUCAAAAGAUUUAUAAAAAAACUUACGAGCAUGGUGAGCUACUCCAAGAGAUGGAUCGCUUAGGGUGUAGACUUUUUCUCCUUCAAGAGUUACAAAUCAGAAAUGGUGUUACACUCGAACCUAAUCGAACUGCAUGUGAUAUGAAGACUGACGGUGGUGGAUGGAUUAUCAUUCAACGACGUGUGAAAGGUGAUGUGAACUUUACAAGAACUUGGAACGAUUAUAAAAACGGAUUUGGCUCAACUUCUGGAGACUUCUGGAUAGGAAAUGACGUCAUUUAUCAGCUAACUAAAUUAGUUUACAAUGAACUCAGAUUUGAUAUGAAGUAUAAAGGUAAAGACUACUACGCUGAGUACAGAGGUUUUAAGGUAGAAAAUGAAGCAGCAAAGUAUAAGAUGAGCUACACGUCAUUCAGUGGUGGGAAUGUUGAUGACAAGUUUAGUCGUCAUAACGGCAUGAAGUUUACAACCAUUGACUCUGAUAACGAUGUGUGGUCAGGUGGCAACUGUGCUGUGAACUACGGUAGAGGUGGUUGGUGGUAUGAGGAUUGUCACUAUGUUAAAGUCAACGGUGAAUGGGCGAGUCGUGUUUCUAAUAAAGGAAUUCAUUGGAAUAGCAUUACAGGCUAUUCUGACUCUCUAGACUUUGUUGAGAUGAAACUUCGUCAAAUGUAAACAACCUAAAAACGAUGCUAUGUCAAAAUAAUGGAUAUACAGUUAUCAAAAUAUUUAUAUAAUCUUCAGAACCAUAAACAACAUUUCAUAUAUUAAAAGAAAUAGAUGUAAACAUUUAACUAAGGCAAUAUUUUCUUGAUGGUGAGUAUACAUAAGGAGUUUAAAAUUAACGAACAUUAAACCAAACAUUUUAUUUUAAAAAAUGAUUUUAAAAUUUACAACAGAGUUUGUUUUGCUAUUAUGAUGUAAUAAACCCAUGUAUACACUUAUCUAGAAUUGAAAUUCCUCAUAGAUUGACUGUGUGUGUGUUAGCCAUUAAAACAGAAAAAAACCGACUAUGAUGGUGUCAUUUAUUUCUUUCAUAUUCAUAACUAGACUAGUAGUGUAGUUGUCAUCUACCACUAUAUCUUUAAUUAGACAUUCACUCGGAUCGUGUGUAGUUCAACCCUAAUAAAGUGUGUAAUGUUUGUGCACAUUUUUCAAUAAUAUUUUUUUCGCAUUAUUUUUCGAUAGAUAUAUAUGCCAUCCAAAAUCACAUAAAGUAGAUAGUAACUGUUAAUUUGGGAUCUGUAAAGAUUUGUAUUAUAAAUGUGAACAUUAUUCGGUCAUACAGUAGAAUAAAAACAGAUUAUUUAAGUAAAUCCUAUGUUUAAGUAGUUAAUAUUUUAUCUAAUGUAUCUCAUAUCGAGCAUGUUUGUUUAUUUAGAA